CACAUGUUGGCUGGACUCCGCGUCUUUAUGUGCAUGCCUUCUGACAGGAGGCUGCCUGUGCGUCAAAGGAUCGAUGCGUCAUGGAUAGGUGCGGUUUGCGCAGCGAAAAUCGACACACGCACUCCACACUUGCCACGGAAGUGCGACGAGACGACCGCACUUCUGGAUUUCAAACAGUUUGAGCUAAACUUGCUUAUUUUUCCUCUCUCUCUCUCACUCACCAGCCGCAUCGUUUUGUACAGCUGCGACCCGAAACCGCUGGACAGGACGCGAAAGCAGGUUCGAGCCAUUUAAAUAUGCGCGUAAUUGGCAAACACUGGCGACGCAUUCCGUGCGUACCGGGAUAACGCUGCCGUGAUGUUCAAUACUUCUGGGAUUGAGCACACUUUUACCAAGAAAGAGGAGAUUUCCGAAGUUAGCAAUGGCACCGUGCAACUGGUUUACAACGUGCUGGUUACUGUCAGUCCCACGGCCGCGUGGAACAAGUCGUGCGGGGAGCAGCUGCAGGAUUUCGGGCGCCCAGAGAAGAUCAUCAUCGGGGUGAUGCUGGCGAUCAUCACGGCGGUCACCGUGAUGGGAAACACUCUGGUGGUGAUUGCAGUGUGCGUGGUGAAGAAGCUCAGGCAGCCUUCAAACUAUCUGCUGGUGUCCUUAGCCGUGGCGGACCUGUCAGUGGCCAUCGCGGUGAUGCCGUUUGUCAUAGUGACAGAUCUCACCGGGGGCAAGUGGCUGUUCGGUGAGGUGUUCUGCAACAUCUUCAUCGGCAUGGAUGUAAUGUGCUGCACCGCCUCCAUCAUGACCCUCUGUGUGAUCAGCGUCGACAGGUACCUGGGGAUCACUCGGCCUCUCACCUACCCAGCACGACAGAAUGGCCAACUGAUGGCAAAGAUGAUCCUUGGGGUGUGGCUGGUGUCUGCAUCAAUCACCCUACCACCCUUCUGUGGCUGGGCGAAGAACGUCCACACAGCCGGUGUGUGCCUCAUUAGCCAAGACUUUGGCUACACCAUCUAUUCCACAGCCGUAGCCUUUUACAUUCCAAUGCUGGUCAUGCUGGUCAUGUACUACAAGAUCUUUAAGGCAGCCCGGAAGAGUGGCGCCAAGCAUCGCUUCACAGACUUUUCACGCCGCGAGCGCCUUGAAACAGUGGCUAAUGAGGCAUUGCGCAUGCAGGGUUUGAAACCACCAGGUGUGGCAGAUGAGUGUGCCGCUUUAUCUCGACUGCUGAACCGUGAGCGCAGAAACAUCUCCAUCUUCAAACGGGAGCAGAAAGCAGCCACAACACUGGGGGUGAUUGUGGGUGUGUUUGCCGUGUGCUGGCUGCCGUUCUUCAUCCUGUCCACCGCCAGGCCUUUUAUCUGCGGGGUGGAGUGUAGCUGUGUGCCAAUCUGGCUGGAACGUACGCUGCUUUGGUUAGGUUACGCCAACUCACUAAUGAACCCCUUCAUCUAUGCCUUUUUCAACCGAGACCUGCGCUCCACGUAUCGCGACCUUCUCCGCUGUCGUUACCGCAACAUCAACCGCAGAUUGUCUGCCGUCGGCGUGCAUGAGGCCCUCAAAGUGUGAAGCACAGCAGUUUAGUAGCAAAUGUUGCUUCAUACUGGGUCUAUAAAGUCUGGAUUUCUGCCCUUGACCAGAACACAGCAGGCCUGCAGACACAACACAGACUGACAGGAUGAUGGACUCAGUUCGUGGCAAAGACAAAGAAACAGCAUGAACACUUCAGUAUCCAUGGUUCUCACUUCUCAGUCACUCUAAUUUUAGAAA